GCCCGGGCUGUGCCUGGGCGAGCGGCCGGAGCGGGCUAGGCUGGCCAGGCCCGGGAUGGCGGUGGCCCUGGCACCUGUCCCCUGGGCACCCGGCGCGAGUUCCUGAGUUGGUGCCAGGCUGGUGGCACUCCCUGCAGCUCCCAGCAUGCAGGUGGGCCCAGGCCCCACCGUCACACUGGCCCUGGUGCUGGCGGUGGCACAGGCCAUGGAACUCAAGCCUACAGCACCGCCCAUCUUCACGGGCCGACCGUUUGUGGUGGCCUGGGACGUGCCCACACAGGACUGUGGUCCCCGGCACAAGGUGCCAUUAGACCUGAAGGCCUUCGAUGUGCAAGCCUCUCCGAAUGAGGGGUUUGUGAACCAGAACAUCACCAUCUUCUACCAUGAUCGCCUGGGCCUGUACCCGCGCUUUGACCCGGCUGGCCACUCUGUGCACGGCGGCGUGCCGCAGAAUGGCAGCCUCUGGGCGCACCUCAAGAUGCUGCAGCAGCGAGUAGAACACUACAUCCGUUCCCAGGAGCCUCCUGGCCUGGCCGUCAUCGACUGGGAGGACUGGCGGCCCGUGUGGGUGCGCAACUGGCAGGACAAGGACGUGUACCGCCGCUGGUCCCGCCAGCUAGUGGCCAGUCGGCACCCAGAUUGGCCAGCCGACCGCAUCGUGAAGCAGGCACAGUACGAGUUCGAGUUCGCCGCUCGCCAGUUCAUGCUGGAGACGCUACGCUACGUCAAGGCAGUGCGGCCUCGGCACCUCUGGGGCUUCUACCUCUUUCCUGACUGCUACAACCAUGAUUACGCGCAGAACCGGGAGAGCUAUACAGGCCGCUGCCCGGACGUUGAAGUGGCCCGCAACGACCAGCUGGCCUGGCUGUGGGCCGAGAGCACGGCCCUCUAUCCCUCUGUCUAUCUGGACGAGACCCUGGCCUCCUCUGUCCACGGCCGCAACUUUGUCAGUUUCCGGGUUCAGGAGGCCCUGCGCGUGGCUCACACCCAUCAUGCCUCCCAUGCACUCCCCGUCUACGUCUUCACGCGCCCCACCUACAGUCGCCGACUCACUGGGCUCAGCGAGAUGGACCUCAUUUCCACCAUUGGCGAGAGCGCAGCCCUGGGCGCAGCCGGGGUCAUCCUGUGGGGCGACGCAGGCUACACCACAAGCACGGAGACCUGCCAGUACCUCAAGGAUUACUUGACACGACUGUUGGUCCCGUAUGUGGUCAACGUGUCCUGGGCCACCCAGUAUUGCAGCACGGCCUGGUGCCAUGAUCAUGGGCGCUGCUUGCGUCGCAACCCCAACGCCAAUACCUUCUUGCACCUCAGCGCUAGCAGCUUCCGCCUAGUGCCUGGCCGUGAACCUGGCGAGCCCCAGCUGAGACCUGAGGGGGAGCUCAGCAGGGCUGACCUUGACCACCUGCAGAAGCACUUUCGCUGUCAGUGCUACUUGGGCUGGGGUGGCGAGCGAUGCCAGCAAGACAAUAGGCGAGUGGCUGGGGGCGCCGCGGAGGUCUGGGCUGGGUCCUACCUCAGCAGCCUACUCGCCCUGGCAGUCCUGGUCCUCCCCUGGACCUUGUAGUGUAGGAGCGGUUCCCCCUCCUGGCAACCAAGCGAGCUGACUUCCACCAUAAGGGCUCUCCAGGACCUUGAGGAGCUUGUAGGGGCGGACAAAUCGGGAGUCUGGCAGGGGCAGAGCCCCAGGGAUGCCUACCAGGGCAUUCAUACCAGCUCUCACCCCCCUGUUCUAAGGGGGAGGGGAAGGCCCCCAGGAAGUCCCUAACCCCUGGCCCCUGGACAGUUUCUUAUUAUUAUUUUGGGGUCUCUUAUAAAUUAAAGACAAACAAUGGCUUCUGUGCUUAUACUUUCUGCACCCCCACCGCAUCAGGGCUUGUGAGAGAAGUCUUGGAGUUUGCCGUGAGGUUGAGCUCAGCUCUGACUCGGUGAACCGCUCAGCUGGGGACUUGCGAUCUGUGAGAUGCAUUCACCAGCUAAGCGGCUGCGGCACAGGCUGCUGGACACACAGGUUGUCACUUCACCCAGCACUCAAGGGCCUUGCCUUCUCUGUGCUGAUUGGAAAGGAGUCAGGCCCAGCGCUAUGCUGC